CCGCUAUAGCCUUUACAAUUAAACUACUCUCGCCUGGUACAGAGCUCCAAAUAAUGCCGGAAUUUCUGUUUGUGUUUUGGUCUCAGUGAUCCCGCCCACUGCCCAUUUCCCAAUAGUAUUUCGACACCAAGAGUUGCCAGAUCUGAAACAGAGAAAGAUGAUACGCAGAUCAAGAAUCAGCGUGCGGCCCAAUGUAAAGCCCGCAUGUCGAGGUCUGACAGCUUCUCGAGAUGUGUCUCUAGAUGACACUCAGCCUUCCCUGACCCCUGCUGAAUCCGCACCCCCUGAGGGGUCAGAGGUCAUGGCUGAGAAGGCCAAGACUGACCCCCCUAUAGCAUCAUCAGAGCAGACCAAUGAGGAAACAGCUCAGAGCAGUAGUCAUGGUAACCAGCCGGAGGCCGUUAGCCAUACAGAUGAUGCAGCAUCUAAAAGCAAUGAAUCCCAGGUUGCAACAAGCACUUCUGCGAUGUCUGGUCCACAGAGGAGGAAACGCUUCACUGCUCUUCCAAACCUGGCCAAACCAAGAGCCUCUUCAGCUUCCUCCAGGACUCCAAAGACUCCUCCCAAGUCCCCUGAAAAAUCUGUCACACCCAACAAACCUGAAACAUCUGCCCCGACCAUAGCAUCAGCUCUUCAUCCACCCGUAGACAGUGAACCUGCCCGCAGCCCCAGGGCACCUAGAAGACGGAGACCUUCUGGAGGAACCAAGCAGCCCAAAUCUCAGCCCUUACCUGCAGCCCCACCGCAGAACAUUCAAGAGACAGAGAUGCAAGAGAGUGGUGCCUCAGAGGAUACUGUUGUGCAGACUGUCCAGGAAGGGGUGUCCCUGAGUCCCCUUAAAACAUCCCAACCCGGGCCUGUUUUGGUUCAUAAAGACCCUCCAGGUUGUCCAGCCCCUCUUGCUGUAGAAGAUACAGCAGUACAAGAGGAGAGCAAUUCUGGGGUUGCCCCGGAGCAAACCCAACCUGAUCUGUUAAGCGAGAGAUUUAAAAAACGUAAAUCAUCUUCUAAGAUUCUCAGAUCUUUGAAAACUUUAAAUGACCCAGCGGACAUGAUCAGGUUGGCCAGAGCUCGGAAACUUCGAGAGCUUCUUAAAAAAGAGAUGAGCAGAAACAAGGAAGAAAAGAAGAAGCCCAAGAUGGGUAUCAAAGAACACAAGGCACCGAAGGAUCACACCAAAAUGACCAUGAGAGAACUCAUUUAUUAUCUGCCUGCUUCCAACCCAAUGAAACCUUUCACAGAAGAGGAGCAGAAAUCAUCAGAGAUAGUAUUACCAAACUCUCCUCCACUGAUUUCUUCUAAUACUUCAGAUGGUCCAUCGGUUCAAGAGGAGGUUGCUGGAGACGCUGGUCGUGAGGAAGUGGAGGAGACAGAAAGAGUGGAUGAAACUCAGCCAGAGGAGGAAGAGCCUCUGCUGGUGCCCAGGGUGAAAGUGGCAGAGGAUGGGUCUCUGAUUAUAGACGAAGAGAGUUUAACAGUCAAAGUGUUGAGGGCAAAAGGACCCAAUCCAGCAGAAGACAGGGACCCUAUAUUUGAACGUGGCUCCACCACCACCUACUCCAGCUUCAGGAAGGGAUCCUACACCAGACCCUGGUCCAGUGGAGAGACCGAAAUGUUUUAUUUGGCCAUCAGCAUGGUGGGGACAGACUUCUCCAUGAUUGGUCAAUUCUUUCCGCACAGAGCUCGCAUGGAGAUUAAGAACAAGUUCAAAAAAGAGGAGAGAAGUAACUCAUGGAGAAUCGACAAAGCUUUCAAGGAGAAGCGACGUUUGGAUCUAGAGUUCUUCAAAAACAUGAUGGAACAGAUCGUGAAAGUUGAGGAAGUGAAGAAAAAACAAAACAAAGCACUCACCAAGUUGGCCAAAGCACAAAGGACAACCCAAAGGAAACCAAGAGGGGCUAAAAGAAAGGAAAUGGACACUUCAGAGGAUUCUGACAGUGAUGUGGAGACAGGAGAAAAGGAGAAUGAAGACCUCUCAAAUGAUGGAGGAAGUGAUGGCACUCCAAAGAAACACAAGAGAAAUGAGGUGAAGUCUUUGAAGAGGAGGAUCAAAAGAACAAAUGGCGAGGCUCCAAUGGAUGAACCUGAGGACUUUGAAAAUGUGGUUUCUGAUGGUCUGUCACCAGAUGACAGGUUAAAGGAAUCUGACUUAUCAGAGUACAUAACCAAGAGUCCUGCCAUUAAACCGGCCCAGCUUAUGGGUCGACCCCAGAGACCCAUCCCAAACCUCAGCCGCAGGUGUGGGAACAGGCACUCUGAGGGAGGUGCCUCGGCCGGAGAGGAGAGUAGAAAGUCCCACAAGGUGAUCUCGUUACAAGAAAGGCAGAAGACACUGUCCACUCUUCUCCGUGAAUUGGAAGACUUGGAGGAAGAACCUGACCUCACUGCUGUACAAGAACAAAUUUUCAAUAAACCAACCAGGUCAGGAAGAAUCCCUAAACUCUCUCAGCAUGUGAUACAGGCAACAGCAGAGGAAGAAGACGAUGAAGAAGAACUCUCAGAUCUGCCUGUGUCUUCCAAAGUUCGUGGCCAAGGCCUACAGGCGCCCAGCAAGAGGGCCAAAUUAAAACAGGGGCCAAGCUUGAAAAAGGGCAUGCAGAGGAGGGGGAAAUCAAGACUGGUGACACUUCGGGCCUCUGGAACUGAAGAGGAUGAAGAGGAAGAAGACGGUGUUGUCCUGAGCCAGGAGGACUUUCCGUCAAACCCUGAAGAAGAAAACCAGGCAUUUGUGCCAAUGAGUUUACGCCAACUACCAGAAGUUAAUUCAGAGGUGGUAGAAACCAUGGAAGAGCUGGACAUCUCUGUCAAUGUGCCUGAUAUCCUGGGCACAUCGCAUAAUGCAUUGUGCCCUGAGUUGUCUUGUGAGCAGGCUGUAAUGCCUGCUGGUUCUGUCCCUUGUGAACAUCAACUGGAUCUGCUUAUUGAUGUCAUUGAGUUCCUUGAUCCAGAUCAUAUGGAAGUGUGUAAGGAGAUCAACAAUGAGGCAGCCCAAACUCUUUUAACCAUUGGGAACUCGGCUCAGAUCAUCCAGGCAGCAGAAACACCCUGCAUAGGUGAAAAUGAUAUAAUUGAGCAGUCAUCAAGCCUUGUCGAGAAGGAAGUCGCCAUCACAGACACAGUUGAUGAGCUUCGAGCUGAAGCCUUAGAAAUGAUGUCGGGUCCUUCUAUAAAUUGCGAAUCAGAGACAAAAUAUAAUCUUGACCUUUCCACCUGUGGGAAUAGUGUGCCAGAACCUUCUAGAGAGGACACUGUCCCAGUACAGGAGCCAAUCAAAUCACAGACAUCUGAUUCUCUUCCCGGUCCCUCUCAACAUGAGGAGCAGAACUCAGCUUGUUCCACCAGUGUUCCACCAUCUAGAAUGGGCCGUUUCUCUAAACCCAAACCCAAUAUUUGUCAAGGUUUGAGAAGCAGACGAGCACAACAGCUGCAGCAAGUCCCUCCAAAUCAUGUUACUGAUUCUUUGGAGAGCUCUAGUGGUCCAUCGUCCACAGAACAGAAUAAAAAUACAACAGAACUUUUUCAAGAAGAUUCUGGCCCUGUGGAUCACUCACCGCAAGACUCCUCUACUGUCUACCCUGAGGUAAUACAGCUGGGUACAUCAUCUAAAAUGAGAGAAGACAAUUGCAAUGUUGUCUCUGAAAGAGUGGCUGAAGAUGAUAAUGGAUCGGUCUCAUCUCUGAAGAGAAAGAGCGAUGAUAUAGUUAAUGAGGAAAGUGUGAAAAAAGAUAGAAAAGAACUAAAAGAGCCGAGGUCAGAACCACAGCUGACAAACAGUGUGAGUGGGUCUCAUGGCAUAUCAGAUGAGGCCUCUAAACCUGUCAGGAGGUUCCGUGGACCCAAACCUAAACCAAACCUGGCACGUACAUUCAGACCCAUUUGCACUCAGACCCAACGGAGCACACUGUCAACAAAAGCAGUCACAAAUGAGACGCCGCCUGUAGACUCUCCCGCGAGCACUUUCACUGACACUAAAAUCCAUGAAGAGGUUGCUGUGCUUAAUACAUCUGAUGUAUCCCAAAAUAAAGUUCAGCAAGAAAAAGAUGCACAGGAUGCUGAAUCUGUAGAGGAAAUCAAAGAUGUCCCUUUGCAAGUUGUUUCUGAAAGUGAGCCCAAACAGAAUGCUGUGGACAUGUCGGAGGAGAACACUAUAAGCACUCCUCAGGGAGUUCUUGAAAACACCCUAGUGAAACACUCUGGAUGUGUAUCGGUGGACACAUCUGCUGACCCCACUCCUGAUGAACCUCUCUUUACACUAUCUCUCACUGAAAUCCCACCCUCUUUUGAUGAGGAGGUGGGGUUAGGGACUGAGCCCCUCCCACCUACAGCAGUGCCCGAAUUACAUAGUGAUACUCGAAGCACUAAUGAGAUGGAGAAACAGAGCAUGGAAGCAUCUCAUCGUCUGAUCACAGAUGCUUUAGUUCCUGUGUCCGAGGAAGAGGAACAGGAAAUAGAGAGAAGAGGAGGUGGGGACGGAAACACAGUGUGGAAAGGAGAAUUAGUACGCAAGAUAACAUUGUCAAGAUCUCAUGGGAGUGUCAAAGCAAAGAGCCAAGCAGAUCAUCAUGUUGAAGUGUUGGAAAGUCCUUUGGCAGAACGGACUGAUGAGGAGAAGGAACAUGUGGAGAAGACAAGAAAACAUCCUGAGAGAUCUAGGAGAGCAAAGCUGCAAGUUAAACCCAAUCCGGUUUCAAGGAGAAACGCUCGAGGCACCCAUGCUAAAGAGGACACACCAGAACUGUCUUUAGAAAAGACUACCUCACUUCCCAUUUCAACACAAGAGACAAUAUCAGUGCCAGAUGAAACUGUACAAGCUGCCAUUUCAACAACAUCAGCCAUCCCCUCAGACAGAGAGACAGCCAGAGGUCUUUCAUUGCCCAGUUAUAAUCCAGCACUCCCAACACUGACUCUUCCUGAGUCUUCCUCAGAUCUUAUUGGUUCACCUCAGCUUGUCAGUCAAGAGAAUACCUCUAAAGAGUCUGCCCAGGAAGGCUCCUCCCAACUCAUCACAGGACAGGUGGACCUCCCGAGCAAAGGCACAGUUGAAUUAGCUGAGACAGAGGCUAGUGGGUUAGGAACGGACUCACAAAGUGUCAAUCAAAUCACUCCUGUUGCAACAACUGGGACACUUACAAGACCUGGUAGAAGACCAAAGGGCUUCCUGUCCUUCAUUUCCUCUAAGAACACUCAAGGGCCUCCAGCAGCUCUACGAGAGGCCAAGCCAGGCCCCCAGAAACCAGCAGUCAACAUUGCACACCCUGGGAGGAAACUGGUAGCGACCAGCCCUGUCACCACGGCAGCAAACCCUGGAGUACAACAACCCUCUCCAACUCCUACCUCGUCGACAACAUCUGCUAAAGAGCAGAACUUUCAGGAAGAACCCACCAGUGUCUCCAAGUACUUUUUCAGUGACAUUUUUACUGAGGUUGAUGAACUUGAAGACAUGGAUUGAGGCCAGAGGUUGAAAGAAGGAUGCAAACACAACCGACCAACUAACCAGUCAAAAAUAUCGUAAAAUAUUGUCUAUUGUCUUGAACUAUUAGAAGAUCCACAACCGAAGAGAUACAGCAAAAAUGCCUUGACACCUCAUGUCAAGGAUGAAACUUGUGGAGCACUGUCUAAACAUUAAUUGCGUCUUACAGAUUUCAUUUUACUACAUUUGAAUUUUUAAAGAAUAAAUAAUUUAAAGUACUGUGCAAAAGUCUUAGGCACAUAAGAUGUUUCACAAAAGCAUUUGUCUUAAGAUUGUUAUUUAUAUCUUCAGCUUUAGUGUGUCAAUAGGAAAUAUAAUUGUUAGACUCCCAAACAUUACUUUUGCAAAUAGAAAAGAUUAGAAUAGAAGAACAGGGAGCCCUGCAACAGAUGUCAUGGCCCCCACAAAGACCCCCACUGAACAUCGUGUCAGUCUGAGAUUACAUAAAGAGACAGAAGCAAUUGAGACAGCCUAAAUAGAAAUAAAAAGAACUGUGGCGAAUUCUCCAAGACGCUUGGAACAUCCUAUCUGCCAACAACCAAGAAAAACUGUGUCCAGGUGUACCUAGGAGAAUUGGUGCUGUUUUAAAGGCAAAGGUGGUCACACCGAAUAUUGAUUUAGCUUUUUUAUGUUUACUGGAUGUUGGAUGACAUUAAGUGAUAAAUGAAAACUAUUUAUGUCAUUAUUUUUGAAGAUAUCCUCACUAUGCAACAUUUUUCACAAGUGCCUAAAACUUUUGCACAGUACUGUAUAUUUUCAAAGUAAUAAUUCAAACUAUGGUAAAGCAUCACACUGCACCAAAUAUUUGGUUGCAAUAGGAUUUAUGUUUGAUCUCAGCAUAGCUGUGAAUUGUUUGACUGUUAGCAUAUAUUUUCUUUUUUAUUCAGCCACAAAUAAGCACCAAGUUCUCAUUAUUGGAAAUAGUGUCUAUAAACAGUUACUUAUGUACUUGUAAAUAUGUGAAUAAAAUAUGUUGUAAAUAUUGAAUUUAUUCAAUAUUUAUUUUUAUUUUUUUAUUUUUUUUUUCUGCCUUUUUAAACCCUCCACAAAUUGGUCCCAUUCACUUCUAUUGUAAAUGCAUCACUGUAACCUCGAUUUAUUUAUUUUUUUUAAUUAAAGGAAGGA